AUGGGAGGGGUGACGUCGUCGAUGGCAGCAAAGCUAGCAUUUUUUCCACCGAGCCCACCAAGUUACAAGCUAAUUACAGACGAGACAACUGGGCUGCUGCUGCUGGACAAUUUCACGCACCGUGAAAACGUCGAUGUUUUGAAGCUGCCGACGCGGAGGGGCACGGAAAUUGUGGCCAUGUACAUACGCUACCCCAUGGCUGCCUCCACACUGCUUUACUCCCACGGCAACGCGGCGGAUAUUGGGCAGAUGUAUGAGCUAUUUAUAGAGCUCAGCAUCCACUUGAGAGUCAACCUCAUGGGGUAUGACUAUUCAGGGUAUGGGCAGUCAUCAGGAAAGCCAAGUGAGCAUAAUACCUAUGCAGACAUUGAAGCUGCGUAUAAGUGUCUUGAAGAGAGUUAUGGUGCCAAGCAAGAAGACGUCAUUCUUUAUGGUCAAUCUGUUGGAAGUGGCCCUACUUUAGAUCUUGCAGCUCGAUUGCCUCGUCUAAGAGCUGUUAUUUUGCACAGUCCUAUUCUAUCAGGCUUAAGAGUCAUGUAUCCUGUGAAACGCUCGUAUUGGUUUGAUAUCUACAAGAAUAUAGACAAAAUUCCAUUGGUGAAAUGUCCAGUUCUUGUUAUUCAUGGCACUUCUGAUGAUGUUGUGGAUUGUUCUCAUGGGAAACAACUCUAUGAACUAUGCCAAGAGAAGUAUGAACCAUUAUGGCUUGAGGGAGGUAAUCACUGUAACUUAGAACUGUAUCCCGAAUAUCUUAGGCACCUAAAGAAGUUUGUCUCUACGGUCGAAAAACCACCCUCCCAGAGGAACACUUCAAGGAGAAGCGUAGACCGGCCUGAACAUUCCCGAAGGAGUACGGAUUGUUUUGAGACUCCAAGGAAGAGCACUGACCGCAGGGAGAAACCCAGACGGAGCACUGAUAGGCCCAAAAAACUAAAGAAUUAUGAAGAUAAAUUUCAUAAUGAUGACAAGGUUUCCAAGUUGAGGGUGUAUUCUGACCAUGGAGAAAGAUCUCGGAGGAGUGUAGAAUAUCAUGAAAAGUCUCGGAAGAGUAUUGAUCUUCAGCUCGAGAAAGCACGCAAGAGUGUGGAUUGGCUGGAUAGAAUACGAGCCGUGUAA